AUGGACACAAUUCCAAAAUUAAUCCGUAAUGGUGACAGUCAAUCCUGUCUUCAACACUCAGAUACCGCAUCCACUUCUUGCGUCCCACUUUCCCAAACAACUUGUCCAACUAACAGAUUUAUUAAUGUUCCAAAUUCUGUUAAAUGGAAUAUAAUACCAGUUAAUCAAUUAAUAGCUUUCAAUUCUACAAAUUCAACUGAUGUUUUUAUUGAAUCGUCGGAUAAUAAAGCUUGUCUUGUCACUUCAAAUGGUGGUGUGCAAGUUUGCCCGUGCGAUCAAAGUAUUUCUCAAAAAUGGAAAUUCAGUAAUGAUAAUUUAAUGAGUAGUUCCAAUGUUGGUCAAUGUUUAGCAAUUAUCGGUAAUAAUUUUGGUUUAAAUCCCUGCCAAUCUGGUGUUGAAUCUAUGUCUUGGAAAUCUUUUAAUGUCGCUCCAAACGCGGUUAACUUUUAUCCAAGUACAUUAUUCGCGGGCAAUUAUGUUCAAUUAACGACAAACACAUAUACAUUCCAAAAUCUUCCCUCUUCCAUGUUUUCAUCUCCAUUUUCUAUCGAAGUUCCUCCCGGUUUCCAAUUCAUUAUUAACAAUGGAAAUAAUAAUUCUAUAACUUAUACUUCUGAUAUGGCUAGCCUUUUACCUAUAAAUGAUAAAACUUCUACAAUAAUUGUAAAGAUAAUGCCUGGAAUAAUUGCUUAUGAAUAUGAAAAUUAUUUUGGUGCAAGUGAAUAUUAUAAUGUUGGAUCUCAAAUCCCUACUUCAAAAAGUGUUGGUUCUAUUAUGAUGCCUGUAGAUUCAAGAGUUAUUAUAUGGCAUUCUUCAAAUUUUUCUGGAAAUGAUUUUGGUUUAUUUGAACCAAUUCAUAGUUUUUCCGGUGUUUUAACUGAAUCUAGUCAAUUUUCUCUUGGAAGUUUAGAUGUAUCUAAAAAUACAUGUAAAAAUGAAUGUGCUUCCGGUGGUUUUUGUUCAUCAGAUAAUGUAUGCACUUGUAAACCUGGAUUUGUAGGCACUCAAUGUGAUAAAUGUGCCCCUGGUUUCUGGGGUCCAAAUUCAUGCCCAUCGAAUUGUAACGGUAUCUGUGAUGAUGGAUUACUUGGAUCCGGUAAUUGUAAAUGUCCUACUGGAUUUAAUGGCACUAAUUGUAGUACUUGUGCUGCCGGAUUCUUUGGUCCAAACUGUCAACCAUGUAAUUGCGGCAAUGGUGUUUGUGAUAGUCAAGGAAAAUGUACUUGUAACGCCGGCUGGGACCCAAACACGAAUUGUACAGUUCCUAAAGCGGGUUACUUUCUAUCUGGUAGUGAUGCCAAGGCGUGUGCAAUAGGGUGCGCUACAUGUGAUUCACAAACCGGAAAAUGUACUUCUUGUUUAGCCGGACUAAACUUUGCAACUGAUAAUCCAACUCAAUGUGUUCCUCAAGUUAAUACUUGUCCUUCCGGUCAAUUUGCUAAUGCAAAUAAUACUUGUACUCCUUGUAAUAUUAAUUUUCAAACUUGCUUCGGUUCUGGUCCUGAUCAGUGUUUGAAAUGUGCUGCGCCGAAAUUUUAUUUAGAAAGUCAAUGUGUCACUCCUUCGGCAAAUGGAAAAUGCGUAUCUUCACUUGGAAAUCAAGUUUUCGUUGUUAAUGUCACCAAAAGUGUUUGCGAUGCUUGUCCAAGUGCAUGUCUUGAUUGUUCAUUAACAAACCCCGACAUUAGCAGUCCGACUAAUAGUGUACAAUGUAGUAAAUGCCUUCCAGGAUUUGUACUUGAUAAUGGUAAUUGUGUUAAGACUUGUUCUUCUGGAAAAUUUGUUAAUCCAAGCGACAAUUUAACUUGCAUAGCAUGUGAUAGUUCAUGUGCAACUUGCAGUGGACCUACUGCAUCUCAGUGUCUAUCAUGUUCUGCGUCAAAUCAAUUUGCGAUGAAUGGAAUCUGUUCUUCAACUCCAUGUCCAUCUUCAUAUUUCUCUCAGAGUACAGCCUGCACAAAAUGUCAUCACGAUUGCUUAGAGUGUUCCGGUCCAGGAUUUAAUCAAUGUAAAAAAUGUCCUUCAACUCGUCCAAUAUUAACAUCCGGAGGUCAAUGUGUUGAAACUUGUCCUAUUGGAAGUUAUGCAGAUAGUACAGGAGCAUGUCAAAAAUGUAAUUCAGCAUGUUCUUCAUGUGUCGGUUCACUUUCUAAUCAAUGUCUUGGAUGUGCAGAUCAAUCAAAAGUUUUGAUAAAUGGUACUUGUAGUGGAUCAUGUCCAGCAGGUAGUCAAUUGAUAAAAUCUGAAAAAAUUUGUUAUAAUUUACAAACAAAUACUCUUGUUUCACCUGAUUCUAUAUCAAAUACACCACAAUAUAACGGACUUGCUUGGUGGCAAAUUUUAUUAAUAUUUAUUUCGAUGAUAAUAAUCUUUAUAGCAACAAUCUUAUUAACUAGAUAUAUUGCAGUAAAGAAACGUUUAGCAAAAACAAAUGAAUUUAAAGAUAAUUUAGAUGAAAAUAAUGUACAAAGAAAUAUGCAAAAUCUACAAAAUCAAAAUCAAAAUCAAAACAUUAUUAGACCAGAAAUGACACAUAAUAACGAUUCAAUAAUGAUGAGUCCACCAGCAUAUGAUAUUACAGCAGGAAAAUUAUAUUGGAAAAGGAUGCAUAAAAGGAAUGCUAGUGAAUUAACUAGUAGAGAUUAUGCAUUAUGGAAAUUAGAAGGAAAACAUCGUAAAAAUAAUAAUAAUGAUUGGGAUGGAUUUGUGAUGGCAGUUCCUGGUGGAUCUUCAGCACCAAAUG